GGCCAACCUCCCUCAUCAUCAUCGUCACCAUAUUUUUGCCCCUCCUCUCGUAACGUUACGUGACUCGCUGUCGUCACCGCCGAAUCUCUUUCGCAGGAACACGCCGCAGGCAGUCGAGCCUCUGGAUUGACCGCGGCAACCGUGAGCUCCACGGCAGCCAACGCGUGACAUCCUCAGAGUCGCGCCUCCGCACGCCGCAGUUCACGGUUCGGUCGAGGGCGGCAAACAGCGAGCUCGUCAAUCGCUCGCCCACCAUGGCAUCUCCAGCAGUACCCAAUCCGCCGUCGCCCCAGGCGGUCAUGGCUCACAUCCGCAGACUGGGCGACGCGGACCCCGACUUCCGGUUCAUGGCAUUGAACGACUUGCUGCAGCUCCUAAACAACUCCAAGCCCGACUUCCUGCACCACGACUACAACAUCGCAGCUCGGGCUGUUGAUAGUGUCAUUAAGACGCUCGAUGACCAGAACAGCGAGGUCCAGAACUUGGCCAUCAAGUGUCUAGGUCCGCUUGUGGGCAAGGUGCCCGCGACGAUUCUCCCGCCCAUGAUUGACAAGCUGUCAUCUUUGAAGCUUAAGAAUGCUGUCGAUAACACAGUCCCGUCUCUGGCUCUUCGUUCCGUUGUGACGGCCCUUCCCCGCCCCGUCCCGGGGUUGCCGGUCACGGCCGACGUCAAACAUGCAUACGAGGCCAUCCAUCGCGUCCUGAUUCCGCGUCUCAUCGGCCCUGGCUCCAAGACGCAGGUCCCAGACACCACUCUGGAUCUCCCCACUGUCCCCACAGGGCUCUUGCAAGACGAGGACAGCAUCAACGGGGAGGCGGUUGACGUCCUGAUAGAUCUGGUGCGCUGCUUUGGCCCUCUACUUCAAUCUGUUGAAGUGGAAGCCACCGUUCAGGUGGUUAUGCAGCUUCUGGAAAGCACCAAAGGCACCUCUGUUGUCAAGAAGCGGGCUGUGGUCGCCAUAUCCAUGCUUGCAGUAUAUGUGACAGAUGACCAGCUUGAGGAUGUUAUCCAACGUCUUACCUCGGGGCUCUCGCACGCCAGCACCAGUGCGGUGACGCGGAAACUAUACAUUGCUAUUCUCGGCAGCAUGGCUAGGUCGAUUCCUACCCGAUUUGGGCCUCACAUUUCCAUGACGGCGCGCUUCGUGCUGCAGGCACUGUCCGAAAGCGAGCUGGAGCAGCACAUGGAGAAGAUGAGCGACGGAGAAGACCUAGGGCAGGACUUCAACGAGAUUCGCGAGUCCGCUCUUGUAGCUCUCGAGGCAUUUUUGGCAUCCUGCCCUCAGGAAAUGCGGCAAUUCACCGACGAAACAAUCGCUUCCAUUGUGCGAUAUGUCAAGUACGAUCCCAACUACGCGGUCGAUGAUGAUGAAGACAUGGAGGUGGAUGGCGACGAUGAAGAUGCCGACGACGACGACGACUUUGAAGAAGAUGAUGGGUUUGAAGACGACGACGACGACGCGAGCUGGAAAGUGCGAAGAUGUGCCGUCAAGGCCAUGUAUACACUGAUCGCGACUCGCGGGAGCGGAGAUCUCCUCGACAACGGCGUGCUCUACGGCCACGCCGCACCGCUCCUUAUCAAGCGCAUCGACGAGCGGGAAGAGAAUGUUCGUCUGGAAGUCAUUUCCGCCCUCUCGCUCCUAAUUCGCAAGACGGGCGAAGGCCUCCAUAUGACAGACCUUUCUUUGGACGAAACGGAAGCUGAGCCUGUUGGUCACAUGCCACUCAGCCGUAAGAGAAGGAGGCAAAGCAGCGGCGGCAGCGCGAGCGCGUCGAGAUUCAUGGCCACGCCUGGGUUGACAUCGCCAGUGCUGGAAAAGGUCCCCCCCACCGGCCCCCGCGCCGAUUUGUCCCGCCUCAUUCCCAGCAUUGUCAAGGCCGGAACAAAGCAACUCAAGGCUAAGACGGUGCCAACGCGGCAAUACAUCAUCAAUAUGUUCGACGACCUGGUAUCAGUCCAACGAGGCGGCCUUUCUGACUACUUUGAGGAUAUCAUUGGUCCCGUCACCGACGAAGCCAGGUCCGGCAGCCCCGUCAACGUUUCGUCGUCGCUUGCCUCGGCUGGUGGAUCCUCGUCCGCGACUCCGAGCACGUUGCGUAUUGCAGCGCUGAGACUGAUCAGCGACAUCUGCAAGACGCACUCUUCGUCAGUCCUACAGCCACAUCUGUCCAAGAUUGUCGCAGCUGUUACGGCAGCAGUUCAUGAUCGGUUCUACAAGAUUUCGAGCGACGCGCUUCGCGCCGCCGAGGAAGUUGUUAAGACCAUCACCCCUCCGCGCUCGCGAAAUGCUGGCGUCAAGUACAAGGCAGAGCUGGAGAAGCUGUUCGAGGUUAUUCUGGACCGGGGCGCCGCCAACGAUGCCGAUGCAGAAGUUCGACAGCGGGCAAUCCACGCGCUCGGUGUGCUUGUAUCUCGGACAUCUUCGCCAGAAGGGUCCGAACUCCUGUCAGACGAGAAGCGCAAAGUGGCAUUGGAAGUGCUCCGUGAUCGACUUAAGAAUGAGACGACUCGACUCGCUGCCGUGCGCGCGAUAGACAAUGUCGCUGCUUUUGCCGUCACGGCUGGCCAGCUCGACAAGGACUGGAUGCAAAGCGUGGCUUUGGAGCUUUCUUCACAGCUGCGCAAAGCCAAUCGGUCUCUUCGCGGCUCGAGCGUCGUGGCACUCAAGCACCUGGUCCUGUCCAAGGCCGCGCAGGGCCAACUCGAGCCUUCCACCAUUCAAGGAGUAGUCACUGCGCUGAUGCCCGCUGUUACCAACAGCGACACGCACCUGCUCGGCCCGGCACUGCUCAUACUAGCCAGCAUGGUACAGACCAAUUCUACCCUGGUCGUCACGGACGACAUGGUCGCCGCCCUCUGCCAGCUUCUCAAGUCUCACUUCGCUAGCAUCGUGCUGGACCAGCUCCUUGAGCUCAUGGAUCGGGUCGGACAGAGUGGCACCGCCCAGCAGCUGAUGCGCGGUCUUCUCAACGAGGUUAGUGUCCUCGGAGAUCCAUCUGUCGUCGGCAAGGUAAUAGGCACGCUUCUGGUGACUGGUGACAAAUCCACGGGCGUGUCUCUGGAUAGCUUCAUCUCCGAGCUGCAAACUAGUGCUCAGACUGGCGAUGAUGCUCGGGUCAGCCUCGCGCUCGCCGUGCUUGGAGAGGCAGGUUUCCGCCUCGGCGCGAAGUCGCCGCUGAAGCCAGAUCUAUUUCUUGCCCAGUUUCAUGCCGAACCGGACAAGGUGUCCCUCGCUGCCGCCAUCGCACUUGGACGAGCUGGGUCCGGCAACGUCUCUCAAUUCCUCCCGAUUAUUCUUAAGACGAUGCAGCAGGGCGGCAACACGCAGUAUCUGCUCAUCCAAUCCAUCAAAGAGGUUCUGCAGUCUAUCCCUGUGCAGUCGACCGACCUGCGUGACUAUGCCAUUGCCAUCUGGAACCAGCUCCUGAUGGCCUCGGAGAACGCGGACAACCGGGUGGUGUGCGCUGAAUGCGCUGGCCGGCUUGUGAUUCUUGACCCCAGUAUCUUCAUGCCAAAACUUGAGACCCUGCUCAAGGACAAGUCUCCCGGAAUUCGAGGCAUGGCCGUGCAGGCCGUCCGUUACACUCUUCCAGAGAGCGAUGAGGCAUUCGACGCAAUGCUCAAAGGAACACUAAUCAACAUGCUGCUUGUCAUGCUGCAAGAUUCGGAUAUGGAAAUCCGGCGGCUGGCCAUGUCGACGCUCAACUCAGCCGCACACAACAAGCCUGACCUGAUCCUGCCCCAUCUGGGCGAGCUGGUGCCGUUCGUGCUCAGCGAGUCAGUCAUCAAGCCAGAACUAAUCAAGGAAGUGCUUCUGGGUCCCUUCAAGCACCUAGUGGAUGACGGGCUGGAAGUCCGCAAGAGCGCAUACGAGACCCUUUAUGCAUUGAUGGAGACGGCAUUCACCCGCAUGAAUAAUAUUGAUUUUUAUGACCGGGUAGUUGCGGGGUUGAGGGAUGACAACGAUAUUCGCCAGCUGUGUAACCUCAUGGUCACAAAGCUCAUCGUCAUCGACCCCGACGAAACGGCACGCAGGCUCGACUCGAUUGCCGAGGCGUACCGUGGCGUUCUCUCGGUCAAGCUGAAGGAGAACGCCGUCAAGCAAGACAUUGAGAAGCAGGAAGAGGCCAACAAGAGCGUGCUCCGCGUGACACUCUUGCUGGGUGAUAAAAUGAAGGCCAUGACUGGAAAUGCGGGCGCGGCCACAUCCAACGCCGGCGGCGCCGGCGUGUGGACGCUGUACUGGGAAUGGGUCAACAAGGAGUUCGAAAAGCAGCUCAAAGGGCUGCGAGAGGAGACGAAAGAGCUUCAGACGAGGAUGGUUUGAUGGUGAGAGUGUAUUUUUGGCCGCCGAUGAUGAUGACGAUGAAUACUGCAUUUGCUCUCCGCGCUGACGCGUGACGUGUAAGUGUGGCAGGCCCGAGCUUCAGUGGCAUCUGCCUUUGGAAUUCUCGUAUUU